AUGUGUUGGGAGCGGGGUAGGUUCGUGAUCACUGGAGGCAAGGUCGAAGGGUUUAUGGUGACCUCGUUUGUCGAGUGGCCCCAGUCCCAGACCCAGCGUAUCCAAGGCGAGGCGGCUACUGUCCCACGUUGCGUCUACGCGGUGCUCGUCCGUCGAAUUGUGCAUGACGACGUCCGAGUCGGUCUCGUCGACUUUAUCGGCCAAGCAAUGAUCCCUACGAUCGUGAAGGGCAAGUGGUGA